GCACUCGAACACACUGGAACACACUGGAAUAGGAAAACUAUUGGCACUGGUUUGUUCUGUGAUUCGUCUUAACUCGUCGUUGUAAAUUUAGGAAUUGCAAAAUGUCUACGCGACCUGAUGAUCAUAGAAGAAAAUGGAACAGAGAAGAAUAUGAAAGGAUAGCGCUUCAGCGUCUUCAGGAUGAGAUAGCUGAAGAAGAGUUGGGAAUACCAAAACAACCAGCUGUAAAAAGGGAGCUGCUCAAGCAACGAGAUUAUAAAGUCGAUCUAGAAUCUAAAUUAGGAAAAAGUUUUGUUAUCAAUAAAAAUACACCAUCUUCGCAAACUGGAGGGUACUAUUGCAAUGUCUGUGAUUGUGUUGUUAAGGAUUCCAUUAAUUUCCUGGACCACAUCAAUGGCACAAAACAUCAACGAAACCUGGGUAUGUCAAUGAAAAUAGAACGUUCUACUCUAGAUCAGGUCAAAGCUCGGUUCGCGAUGAAUAAAAAGAAAUUAGAGGAAAAGAAGAAAGAUUACGAUUUAGAGCAAAGAGUGAAAGAAUUAAAAGAAGAGGAGGAAAAGAUCAAGGAAUACAGAAAAGAAAAGAGGAAAGACAAGAAGAGGAAAAUCGAAGAAGCCAAUGAGGACGCCGGUGGUCCUUCGGAUGAAAUGGCAGCGAUAAUGGGUUUCUCGGGUUUUGGAUCCAAGAAAAAGUGACAAUUACACGAAAUGUCGGAUUGUUUGUGAAACGAUAAAUGCCUUCUAAAGAUACGAUUUUAGAAAAGACUUUAAUUUCGUGAGGAAUACUUUGAAUGCUGCAAGAUCAGGGAUAAAUAAGACUGAUCUUAAUACACAAACUUAGCUUUGAUAUCGGUUAAGUUUUACAUAAUUUAAUUUAUUCCCUUUUCUUGUAUGAUCAAUGUACAGGUAGCUCUGUACCCGUCGUAGUUAACUGUAAUUAAUUUUUAAACACAAUGAAAGUAUGCUGAAUUAGUGAACGAAAGCACCGAAUAAUGGUGAUUAUACAGAGUAGUUUUGACCCUGUAAAUUUUUGUCAAUCUACAUUUAUUGCAAAUUUAAAAUAAGCUUUGUAAAGUAUAUUUACAGUUUUCUGGACCAGCAAUGUAAUCUAUGUUACGUAAAAAAAAUGUCUUAUAAGUUUUCAAUAAAAGUACAAGAUUUUAUA